UUUGCUUCACUCAGCUCUCUCUCUCUCUCCACAUUGCUUCUCUCUAUCUCUCACUACUCUCUCUAUCUGUAUCUGCUGCGUCGAACGAUCUCAAUCUCAAUGUGUUUUGAAUUUUAAUCAGAGAUCGGAAUCCGAGAAUUUUGGCAUUGAUGUGUUUUGAAUCAUAAUCGAAGAUCCGAAUCGGAGAAUUUCCGCAUUGGCAGAGCGAAUUCGAGGAAUAUUCAUGUGUUUGUUGAUGCUCAUCUAUAUCUAGUUGAAAAAGGCUCUGUUUUAUCUGCAUGUAUAUGCUUUCGUCUACAUUUAUUGUGUAUUGUAUUGUAAAUGCAUGUGAAUUUGGAGGAGUGAAGCUUGAGCUGUGUGUGGUACAUGAUUUGAUUUUCGUCGUUUAUGUAUUUUAUUCAUUUAUUAAUUAUUAAUUUUCUGAGCUUGUGUGAGAUGUGGAACUAUUGGGGACUGUAUUUGAUUUUUCUAGCGAGAUUCACUUUGUCAUGUGAUGCAAUUCAUUUUUUUAUGUUAGUCGUGUGGUGUGGAUGAUUAUUUUUUUGGGGGUAAUGUGAUUGGUUUAUUUAUGAGGAAGAAGAGUGUAUGUUUUGAUCAUGACAAGCGAGUGGUUGUUGGUGUGCUGACAUGUUUUGUUCGUUGGAAUUUAGUGCGUAUGGGUUGUUGGGAGAUUAAGUCAAUAUAGAUGAGCUCGAUGAUGCAUCUCUUUUAACUUUUAUUGUUUUGCUUGGUUUCUGUAAAUUGUCUGUUUUGAGGUCUUGAACUCUUAGAUUUGAUUGUUUUUUACCCCUGAUUUGUUUCUAUACUGCCUCCAUAUCCAUGUGAAAGGGCGGGAAUACUAUGUGGAGGUGCAGUAAAUAUUCUUUUCCCCAAUAAAGUGAAAGGAGAACAAAAGAUAUGUGAUUAUUUGGGCAGGUAGUCAGCUGUGAAUGUGUUGAGGUUGGGCAUUAGGAUAUUGCAAAGGAGCAUGUAAUGUAAUGCUAGUUUGGUUCAGCUUGAAACUGAGAGGAAGUCUGUAGGGAGUCAGGUUUACUGCUGUGUUACACUGUGAAGUGCAGUGUUGACAUGAAAAUUUGUUUUCCUCUAAUUUUUGCAUACAAUGGCAUGGCAUAUCCAGCUCACGGGACUGUACUUUUGUGCUAGCUAUCAGUUUUGAUGGUGCACAAUACAUGCCACCUUACCUGAAUUAUCAUAGCCAUCAACCAGAAUUAGCAUAAAAGAAUUGCAAAUCCAUGCCACCUUACCUGAGUUUUGUGUUGUUCCAGAGACAGAGAUGGUUGCAUUCGGGAAGAAAUUAAAGGAGAGGCAACUACAAGAAUGGGAAGGGUAUUACAUCAAUUACAAAUUAAUGAAGAAAAAGGUAAAGACUUACACAAAUCAAAUUGAAGCUGGAUCAGAACGACGUCAUGUUCUCAAGGAUUUCUCGAGAAUGUUGGAUAAUCAGAUAGAAAAAAUUGUUCUCUUUAUGCUGGAACAACAAGGCCUACUCGCAAGCAGGAUUGCCCAGCUGAAUGAUCAACAAGAUGCUAAUCAAGAACAACCUGACAUAUCGAAAAUAUCUGAUCUACGGGAAGCUUACAGAGCAGUUGGGCAGGAUCUCCUCAAGCUUCUAUUUUUUGUUGAAAUGAAUGCAAUUGGUUUGAGGAAGAUCCUUAAAAAGUUUGAUAAGCGAUUUGGGUAUAAAUUCACAGAUUACUAUGUCAAAACUCGUGCUAAUCAUCCUUAUUCCCAGCUUCAGCAAGUAUUCAAGCACGUGGGUUUGGGUGCUGUGGUUGGAGCUAUAUCUCGCAAUCUGGCUGAUCUUCAGGACCGCCAGGGAAGCUACUUAUCAAUUUAUGAUCAGCCUACACUCCCGCUCCAGGAGCCUGUUGUUGACUCACUAAAAUCAGCUGUUGACAGAUUAACCCAUUCAACAAAUUUCCUUGAGUUUUUGGGCCAACACGCACUUAUCAUGCAUGAUGAGUUGCCUUCUGCUGUAGAUGAACAUAUUGAUGAUCAGAGAUACCAUUUCAUGUCACUUAUUUUGAACUUGGCAAACACCUUUCUUUAUAUGGUCAACACAUACAUUAUUGUUCCCACAGCAGAUGACUAUGCUACAAGCCUUGAUGCAGCACCAACUGUCUGUGGUGUCGUAAUUGGGUCAAUGGCAGUUGCACAGAUAUUUUCUUCUGUGUAUUUCAGUGCUUGGUCUAACAAGUCAUACUUCAGACCUUUGGUUUUCAGCAGCAUCGUUCUCAUUAUUGGAAAUGCUAUGUAUGCAUUGGCUUUUGACGCCGGAUCGUUAAAGGUACUCUUACUUGGUCGUGUAUUUUGCGGUUUGGGUUCUGCACGAGCAGUUAAUCGGCGUUACAUUAGUGACUGUGUGCCACUUAAAAUCCGGAUGCAGGCUUCUGCAGCUUUUGUUAGUGCCAGUGCUUUGGGAAUGGCAUGUGGCCCUGCAUUGGCAGGGCUACUUCAGAUGAAUUGCAAGUACUUCCAUAUCACAUUUAAUCAAGUCACUAUGCCUGGUUGGGUUAUGACUAUUGCGUGGAUGUGCUAUUUAGUAUGGUUGUCGAUCUCCUUCAGAGAACCUGCUCAUGAGACUGAUAUCGAUGAGGCCCCUAAGCAAUGUAGUGCUGAACAAAGUGAUGAGCUAGAGAAGGGACUUGCACAACCAUUACUUAAGUCAGCAGAACAUGAACAAGAUGAUGAUGGGGAUCAAGAGUGUGAUGCUAGUGAAGAGGCUCCAGAGGAAUCUCGUGAACCAGCCAACUCGCUAGGAGCAGCAUAUAGGUUACUCACACCAUCUGUAAAGGUUCAGUUGUUGAUAUACUUCAUGCUUAAAUACGCAAUGGAAAUCCUACUUUCAGAAUCAAGUGUAAUCUCGUCAUACUAUUUUAAUUGGACUACUGGCAAAGUAUCUAUCUUUCUUGCCAGCCUUGGUCUCACGGUUCUUCCUAUAAACAUCAUUGUUGGUAAUUACAUAAGCAAUAUGUACGAGGACAGGCAAAUAUUACUGGCAUCUGAAGUUGUGGUUCUCGUGGGCAUACUUUUAAGUUUCGAGUCUAUCGUCAAAUAUACCGUGCAACAAUAUGUCUUUUCAGGGCUCAUCAUGUUUGUAGCUGCUGAAGUAUUGGAAGGCGUCAAUCUGUCGCUACUCUCCAGAGUAAUGUCGUCUCGGCUCUCUCGUGGGACGUACAAUGGCGGCCUUCUGUCUACAGAAGCUGGGACGUUUGCUCGAGUGGUUGCAGAUGCAACGAUCACAUUAGGUGGUUAUGCCGAGCGGAAACACCUGUUGAAUCUCACCCUCCUUCCAUCUCUGGUGAUUUGCAUAUGUUCGAUUGUAGCUACAUGCUGCACCUACAAUUCUCUUUACUAAACUUUUGCGUAUCGCGACCAUGCCUUCGCCUUCGACUUGAGUACUAGUUCAUUCAUUCUUUAUUGGUUAUGGGGUAAAUCAAAAUUUUUGUAUCGUCGAGGCUCGACUAAAUGCUGCAUAUCGUGAUCAUUUUCCUCGAGUGAUUUGCAUCGUGUUUGAGAGACGAAGCCUAAUCACAUACGAGUCCAACCGAUAUUUUUUCUUGCGUCCGACCCUGCCA